AUGGAGAAGAAAUUGUAUGAAGAUUUUAGUGUGGAAACCAAAAAAACGAGGACCGUCGGAUUUCUGGAAAAAAUCCAUCGGAGAGUCCCCGUUGCGCCACGUGGCACCCGCCCGUUGGAGCUGUCAGUGGCUGACGCCAGCGCUGGCGUCACGCUGACGCCAGCGCUGACGUCAGCCAACUCGGGCUUCAGCCCGGGCAAGACUUGCCCUUGGGCUUCCUUGGGCUCGUGGGACCCGCCACCAAACUGGGCUACGGGCCCUGCGCUGGAGCUGUCUCGGGCUGCGUCGGGCAGCCUUUCCCCCGGGCUUCCUCCUGCGCUGGAGAUGCUCCGUAACCAACCCGCCGAGCACGUCUGCACAAACCCCUAA